GUCUUCAUAAACCAUCGAGGAAUUGAUACCAAGAGAACCAUUUCUGGGUUGCUCCACAACCAUCUUUACCUCCUAGGGCUCAACCCGUUUUUGGAUAACAAGAAAAUGAAGCCCGGUGAUCGGCUGUUCGACAAAAUCAAUGAUGCUGUUCGACACUGCAAGAUCGGUGUUGCUGUCUUUUCACCGCAUUAUUGUGAAUCUUACUUCUGUCUACACGAGUUGGCUCUGAUGAUGGAAAGUAGGAAGAGGGUCAUUCCAAUCUUCUGCGACAUGAAACCGUCUCUGCUUCAGGUUAAGUACAACGGGUCUCGUACGGUAGCGGAUCUGCAGCGGUUCGAGUGGGCCCUCGAGGAGGCAAGAUGCACCGUCGGUCUCACAUUUGACACAUUAAAAGGGGAUUGGUCGGAAUUCUUGACGAAGGCUACAGAUGCAGUGAUGAAGAACUUGUUGGAGGUUAAUGGGAUUGAAGAAGAAGAGUACAUACAGAUUCUGAAGCUGAUGCACAUGAGGAAUCCAAAGGCAUAUCGCUCAAUAUAUAUCAAGGCGAUGUAUAUGAGUUAAUUGGAGAGACUAUAUUUAUAGGUCACUAACUUUGAAAUUUUUCUGUCAAGGGUUAAUUAUGAUAUUUGAAAAUAUUAGUAUAUAUCAAUAAUACUAUAAUUACAAUUUUAUGUAAUUUUGUAACAACACAUCUAUUAGAAUUUAAGAAUUAAUAUAUGUGAAAUUUAAAA